CUAAGAACUGACGCAUCUAAGCUGGAUGGAAUUUAACAUCAAAAAAAGUUCUCUUUCUGUGCAUAAAGUUGUAAAGUGCAUAAAGAUGAAGCAGGCACCAGAAAUCCUUGGCAAUACAAAUGGAAAGACUCAGAACUGUGAAGUGAAUCGCGACUGCUCUGUGUUCCUCAGCAAAGCUCAGCUUUCUAACAGCCUACAGGAGGGGGUCAUGCAGAAGUUUAAUGGCCACGAUGCACUUCCCUUUAUUCCAGCGGAGAAGCUGAAAGAUCUUACUUCCUGUGUGUUCAAUGGUGAACCUGGGGCUCCUGAUGCCAGAUUGUGUUUUGAGUCCCAGGAAGCAAAAGGAAUUGGGACACCACCCAAUACUACUCCUAUCAAAAAUGGUUCUCCGGAAAUCAAGCUGAAGAUCACCAAAACAUACAUGAAUGGGAAACCUCUCUUUGAGUCUUCUAUCUGUGGUGACAGUGCUGCUGACAUGUCUCAAUCAGAGGAAGAUGGACAGAAGUUGGAGAGCAAGGUGAGGAGGAGCAGGAAGAGGAGCAUAAAGUACGACUCCUUCCUAGAGCAGGGCCUCGUGGAAGCAGCUCUGGUGUCCAAGAUCUCAAGUCCUGCAGAUAAAAAGAUUCCAGUUAAGAAAGAGUCCUGCCCACACACUGGCAGAGACAAAGAUCAUCUGCUGAAAUACAAUGUGGGUGACUUGGUUUGGUCCAAAGUGUCGGGCUACCCUUGGUGGCCUUGUAUGGUUUCUGCCGACCCACUCCUUCACAGCUACACCAAACUCAAAGGUCAGAAAAAGAGCGCGCGCCAGUAUCACGUGCAGUUCUUUGGUGACGCCCCCGAGAGAGCGUGGAUAUUCGAGAAGAGCCUCGUGGCGUUCGAAGGAGAAGGACAGUUCGAGAAGUUAUGCCAGGAAAGUGCCAGGCAGGCGCCCACAAAGGCCGAGAAGGUCAAGCUGUUGAAACCUAUUUCCGGGAAACUGAGGGCCCAGUGGGACAUGGGCAUCAUUCAGGCCGAGGAAGCUGCUGGCAUGUCCGUGGAAGAGCGGAAAGCCAAGUUCACGUUCCUUUACGUGGGAGACCAGCUGCACCUCAACCCCCAGGUGGCCAAGGAGGCCAGUACUGCUGCCGAGGGCUCUGGAGAGAUAGCAGAGCCCACCCAGGGCGGGGGCGCAGCCGCUGCAGCCCCUUGGGCCUCGGGGGAAGAGGGUGUUCCUGUGAAGAGGAGGCGGAGAGUCAAGCAGGCUGGCCCUGUGGAGAAGCAGGAGGGCGAUGCUGGUGCAGGAAGGAGCACUCCGCAGAAAUCCACAGAGGCUGGGCCUAAAAGGGGCGUCGGGUCACCCCCUGGGAGGAAGAAGCCUGCAGCCUCCACUCCACGGAGCAGGAAGGGAGAUGCGGCGUCUCAGUUUUUGGUCUUCUGUCAGAAGCACCGGGAUGAGGUCAUUGCUGAGCACCCUGAUGCAUCAGGCGAGGAGAUUGAAGAGUUGCUGGGAUCCCAGUGGAACAUGCUCAGUGAAAAGCAGAAAGCUCGCUAUAACACCAAGUUUGCCCUUGUGACCUCAGCCCCAUAUGAAGAAGAUUCUGGUAAUGUAAAUGGGAAAAAAAGACAUCACACAAAGAGGACGGAGGACCUUCCAGAAGAUGUGGACAUCGAGGAUGCACCCAGGAAGAGACUCAGGACUGACAAGCACAGUCUUCGGAAGAGAGAGACGAGCACUGACAAGAUGGCCAGGACAAGCUCCUACAAGGCCAUGGAGGUGGCCUCCUCACUCAAGAGCCAGGCAGUGACAAAAAAUCUAUCUGAUGCGUGCAAACCCCUGAAGAAGCGAAAUCGGGCUCCUGCAGCAGCGUCCUCCACUCUUGGGUUUAGCAAAAGUUCGUCUCCUUCUGCAUCUGUAACUGAGAACGAGGUCUCAGACAGCCCAGGAGAUGAGCCCUCGGAGUCGCCCUACGAAAGUGCUGAUGAAACACAGACUGAAGUGUCCAUCUCGUCUAAAAAAUCUGAACGAGGAGUGGCAGCCAAAAAGGAGUAUGUGUGUCAGGUAUGCGAGAAGACAGGCAGCCUCCUGCUGUGUGAAGGCCCGUGCUGCGGAGCCUUCCAUCCCUCCUGCCUCGGGCUUCCCCGCAGACCUGAGGGGAGGUUCACCUGCAGUGAGUGCGCCUCAGGGAUCCACUCAUGCUUCGUGUGCAAGGAGAGCAAGGCAGAGGUGAAGCGCUGUGUCGUGACCCAGUGUGGCAAAUUCUACCAUGAGGCCUGUGUGAAGAAGUACCCGCUCACCGUGUUUGAGAGCCGGGGCUUUCGCUGCCCCCUCCAUAGUUGCGUGAGCUGCCAUGCCUCCAACCCAUCAAACCCUCGGCCCUCAAAAGGUAAAAUGAUGCGGUGUGUGCGCUGCCCAGUGGCCUACCACGGAGGGGAUGCGUGUCUGGCAGCAGGCUGCGCAGUGAUCGCUUCGCACAGCAUCAUCUGCACGGCCCACUUCACUGCUCGGAAAGGGAAGCGGCACCAUAGCCACGUCAACGUGAGCUGGUGCUUCGUGUGCUCUAAAGGGGGAAGCCUCCUGUGCUGCGAAGCCUGCCCGGCAGCCUUCCACCCUGACUGCCUGAACAUUGACAUGCCCGAUGGCAGCUGGUUCUGCAACGACUGCAGGGCUGGGAAGAAGCUGCACUUCCAGGAUAUCAUUUGGGUCAAACUUGGGAACUACAGAUGGUGGCCGGCAGAAGUUUGCCAUCCCAAAAAUGUUCCCCCAAAUAUUCAGAAAAUGAAGCACGAGAUUGGAGAAUUCCCUGUGUUUUUCUUUGGGUCUAAAGAUUAUUACUGGACGCAUCAGGCACGAGUGUUCCCGUACAUGGAGGGGGACCGGGGCAGCCGCUACCAUGGGGUCAGAGGCAUCGGAAGAGUCUUCAAAAAUGCAUUGCAAGAAGCUGAAGCUCGUUUUCGUGAAGUGAAACUUCAAAGGGAAGCCCGGGAAACACAGGAAAGCGAGCGCAAGCCCCCACCCUACAAGCACAUCAAGGUGAAUAAGCCUUACGGGAAAGUCCAGAUCUACACUGCCGAUAUCUCGGAAAUCCCGAAGUGUAACUGUAAGCCCACAGAUGAGAAUCCCUGUGGCUUUGACUCAGAGUGUUUGAACAGGAUGCUGAUGUUUGAGUGCCACCCGCAGGUGUGUCCCGCGGGUGAAUACUGCCAGAAUCAGUGCUUCACCAAGCGCCAGUACCCGGAGACCAAGAUCAUCAAGACAGAUGGCAAAGGGUGGGGCCUGGUGGCCAAGCGGGACAUCAGAAAGGGGGAGUUUGUGAAUGAGUAUGUCGGUGAGCUGAUCGAUGAGGAGGAGUGUAUGGCGAGGAUCAAGUAUGCCCAUGAGAACGACAUCACGCACUUCUACAUGCUCACCAUAGACAAGGACCGUAUAAUCGAUGCCGGGCCCAAAGGAAACUAUUCUCGGUUUAUGAACCACAGCUGCCAGCCCAACUGUGAGACCCUCAAGUGGACAGUGAAUGGGGACACCCGCGUGGGCCUGUUUGCUGUGUGUGACAUUCCUGCAGGGACAGAGCUGACUUUUAAUUACAACCUUGAUUGUUUGGGCAAUGAGAAAACAGUCUGUCGGUGUGGAGCCUCCAACUGCAGCGGGUUCCUCGGGGACAGGCCAAAGACCUCAGCAUCCCUUUCUUCAGAGGAAAAGGGCAAAAAGACCAAGAAGAAAAGCAGGAGGCGCAGAACCAAGGGGGAGUGGAGGAGGCAGUCAGAGGACGAGUGCUUCCGCUGUGGCGACGGUGGGCAGCUGGUGCUGUGCGACCGCAAGCUCUGCACCAAGGCCUACCACCUGUCCUGCCUGGGCCUGCGCAAGCGGCCCUUCGGGAAGUGGGAGUGUCCGUGGCAUCACUGCGACGUAUGUGGCAAGCCUUCCAUGUCCUUUUGCCACCUCUGCCCGAAUUCACUGUGUAAGGAGCACCAGGAUGGGGUGGCACUGCGCACCAUGCAGGACGGGCAGUCCUACUGCUGCGAGCAUGACUUGGGGACGCAGGUCGGGCUGCGCAAAGGCAAGGCCCAGAAGCCCCCUCCUGAGCCAGCCAAGUCCAAGGGGAAGAGGAGGAAAAGGCGGUGCUGGCGGCGGGUCACGGAAGGCAAGUAGCGCCAGGAGCCACCGGAGCCGCUCGUCUGGUCCAGGCAUGGGCCCCACCUCGGCCCCCGGCAGCCACGACAGAUGUGCAGGCGCCCAGGAGGGAGCGCCCCACGGAGCCACCACAGAGCUGGCUGCACCCGCACUGACCACGCCCGCCACCUGACGCCCACCGCCAGGCCUCUGCUGGGGACAGCACAGCAGCCUCAGGCAGCGCCGACCAGGUGGUCUGUGUAAGAGCGAGGCAGGUGACACCUUGUCUCUGCGUGCAGAGUAGUCUCUGAGGGCCCGGAGCUGCUCCUGAUGGCCAAGGCUGUGCCUGUGGUCACCCUGGAGUCCAACAGUCCUUAUUUAGACUUUCGUUUUGAAACUGUUGUAUGUUUUCUAUACUAAUGUGAAUUUUCCUCAAAACAUUUCUUUUCCCUCUGAGUGAGGCCAGCCCCAUGCAGCCAGUGUUGGUGGCUUCUAGCCCCUGCUCUUCUGGAUUCGGACUCACGCCCACCAUGGAAGCGUUGGCCACACCGAGCGGUACUUCUCCCCGUGUAAGGAACACACAUUUGGGGGAAGCUAUGUAUAGUUUUUAAAUUUGGCUUUUUCCUUACCAGUUUCUGGCUUUUAUGUUCAAUAUAUUUUUGCUAAAUCUGUGUCACAAAUUACCGCUGACUACCUGUCAUUUCCUGACGUGUCCUGAGAUCUCCCGCAGCAGCAGCAAACUGGUACUGUUGAGUCACUGGCCACCACCUAUCACCUGUCCCACUUAGACCAGUGAGCCCCAGUGCUACUUGGGGGUGCUAUCAAGCGCCCCCCACACUCGUGUCACCAGGCUCAGUACCACCCAUUUCUGUGAGAUUUCAGUCCCCUCCAUCAGUGAAAGGCCUGGCCUGAGAGCUAUGGAGAAAUUCCAAGCUGUCCUUGAAGAUCUGGUCACCCAUCCGCAAGAAAAGAGGGUGACGCACGGUGGAGGCUGCGCUCCGCACAUCGUUGCCACAGAGCCACCGCUGUCCUCGGGAAGCACUGGGGUUGCCUGUACUGCUGUCCUACUCUCAUCUCAAAGACCUGCAGCCUGCGCCUGGACUGGCCCUGGCCAUGCUCCCUGGUGUGACUGCGCUUGGUGUCAGGGUGAGGACCUGCUGAGCACUGCAUGCAGUCAGCACCCCAUGGUCCAGGAAGGGACCCAAAGGAACAGGUGGUGUUACAGCUGGCCACUUCCUGCAGUCCUGGUUACCUCUGGAAGCCACUCGCCUGAGGCAAGGCGGCUGUGACUGUCCCUGCACAGAGCCCAAUUCUGCUCAGUCUGUCCUUAAAAAUACUGCAUUGGUUCAGAUUUCUGCUUCUUCUGCCCGAGACUCAAAAGCUGUUCUAGUGACAGCUGGGCCAUGUCCCUGGCCUGGGGAACCCAAGGCUGAGGUUCCACACACAGGCGGGGCUGCACUUGUCACUCAUCCUGUAGGUCCCUUCCCAGCAGUUGAGUGACUUCUGCAAGUCAUACCAGAAUUGGCUUUGCAGCGCACUUUGGGGAGCAGAUUAACUUAUUUUUGUAUUUGACAGUAGUAAAAUCUUAUGAUUUUUGAGUCACUUUGGUAUUACUUCCAAAUUGUUUUAUCUUUCUGAAGGAAAUAUUGCAAAAAGUGUAAGUGAAAUCCCUUUCCAAAGGCUAUUCGUGAGCAAAUAACACUAACUUUGAAAAUCUUUAUUAGACCAGCUUAGAAAUCUGAGUACGAGGCCUUUCCCACGAUAGGACAGGCACAAGGCAGUGGCCUGGCCCCAACUGCUCGCCUCUGUUCUGAGCCUGGGGAGGUUUGUUUCUGAGGACUUGGUGACUGAUUACCAGCUUCAGUCCUUGGGCAUUACUGUGAAGCAAAGCAACGUCAACUGCCCGACACCCCGAGACUCACUGGAGUCAGGGUCUGCACAGCCGCCCCGAGCAGAAGAUGGCACCAUGAGCUGAGUCACCUGCCCUUGCCGCCGCCACUGCUGCCUGGGCCUCCACCAGAUGGCUGCGCUGUGGUCUCAGUGGGGAAGGCCUUUGAGGGUGGAGGGGGCCAGCUGUCCCUUUCUGCUUGUGCUGCCACCCAUGGUCCACAGGCCUCAGGCCCACGCAGGCUGGCAUUUUAAUGCCAUCAAAUGUUGGCCUUGACAUCUGAACCAUGCUGAUGUGCAGUGCUCGCCUGUCAGAACUACCUGAUUUUUAGGAAUUACACAUACUGCGAACAACUGCCAGUUACCAGCAUCUUGGGCUCUGAGCAGCGUACUGGUGACUGUCAGGAGUGACACGCCGCGCCUGCAGGGUGUCGCGGUGUCACCGUGCCUUGUCCGAAACCCAGCACGUCUCAUGUGCCUCCUGUGUCUCCAUUCCGUGUGAGGUCGGUUCCUUCUAGGAACACUGGGUGCUAUCACCAGGUUUCAUAGUUAGAUUUUAAAACUUGAAAUUCACCUUUUUGGGGGAGGGGGGUAUACUGAAAUAGAGAUUCGAGAAUUGCCAGCUGGGGAAAUAGCAUUUAAAGUGGAAAUUUGUGUUUGGAAAAUUGUGUAUGAGUAUUUUUUUAUUAAAAGCAUUUUAAAGGCCUUUUUUCUUAGACUCACUUCCUACAGGCUUGUGCCGAUUCUCCUUUCUGAAAGCUCUACAUGGCCGGGCCAGCUCAGCGGUGGGGUCCUCACAUCUUCUUCCCACGGCCCUGCCUGGGAAGUGUAGCUGAUGCAAUAAAUACAGUGGGUUCUAGUUUUUGGAAUAUGCUUUUUUCUCCUAAAAAAUGGUAGGGGCCAGGGAGAUGGCUCAGUGGAAUAAGCGC